GAAGACCAGAAAAGCAGGAGGAGGUGUCUCAGCUGAUUGGCAGCUUCUCCCCGCCCCCAAUCUCCCUCCUGCCCCAGGUGACCUUUUCCCCAGAUCCCAGGGUCCAGGCACACCCCUGCCGGGAGGUGCGGACAACAGCGACAGCUGGGAUUGGUCAGAGCCAGCGGGGACGUGUCCCAGGCUCCGCCAGCCCUGGUGGCUGAGCAGAGCAGGUGGACUCCCAAGAUAGACCAGGAGCCACUGGCCUACCAGACUGGGACCUCUGCCCUCCACACAUGGCCCCAGGCCCCCUUGGUCCCCAGCCCUGUGGCCGUGCAGGGGUGUGGACAGCCUAAGCGCCACCACCCCAGGGCCUGUGCCCAUGUCCCUGACCCAGGCACGGCCGGCCUCAGGAGCAGAGGCCAUGGAGACAGUUGCCCCAGCUGUGGACCUGGUGCUGGGCGCCUCGGCCUGUUGCCUGGCCUGCGUCUUCACCAAUCCCCUAGAGGUGGUGAAGACGAGGCUGCAGCUGCAGGGGGAGCUGCAGGCCCGCGGCACCUACCCACGGCCCUACAGGGGCUUUUUGGCCUCCGUAGCAGCUGUGGUCCGUGCAGACGGGCUGUGUGGCCUGCAGAAGGGGCUGGCCGCUGGCCUCCUUUACCAGGGCCUGAUGAAUGGUGUCCGCUUCUACUGCUACAGCCUGGCGGGCCAGGCUGGCCUCACCCAGCAGCCUGGUGGCACCGUGGUCGCGGGCGCCGUGGCUGGGGCACUGGGAGCCUUUGUGGGGAGCCCUGCUUACUUGGUCAAAACGCAGCUGCAGGCCCAGACGGUGGCCGCGAUGGCCGUGGGGCACCAGCACCAUCACCAGAGCGUUCUGGGUGCCUUGGAGACCGUCUGGCGGCAGCAGGGCCUGGCAGGGCUGUGGCGGGGCGUGGGUGGGGCCGUGCCCAGAGUCAUGGUUGGCUCAGCGGCCCAGCUGGCCACCUUUGCCUCUGCCAAGGCCUGGGUGCAGGAGCAGCAGUGGCUCCCGGAAGACAGCUGGCUGGUAGCCUUGGCUGGAGGCAUGAUCAGCAGUGUCGCUGUGGCUGCCGUCAUGACCCCCUUCGACGUGGUCAGCACACGGCUGUACAAUCAGCCCGUGGAUGGAGCCGGCAGAGGCCGGCUGUAUGGUGGACUUGCCGACUGCCUGGUGAAGAUCUGGCGGCAGGAGGGCCCCCUGGCACUCUACAAGGGUCUGGGCCCGGCCUACCUGCGCCUGGGCCCCCACACCAUCCUCAGCAUGCUCUUCUGGGAUGAGCUCCGGAAACUGGCUGCGCGGGGCCAGCGCCAGGGCACCUAG